AAUCAAAGAUGUUUGAGUUUCCAUGCGCAGUGACCAGGGAGGUAGAGCGCAGAGCGUUAUUACCCCUCCUCCAGGUCCAAUCCCUCCGGCCUCCACACUGCGGGGGUUUUUUAAGUCACAUUUGAUCAAAAGAAGACUCCCGUUUCCGUUUAAAAGGAGGCACUGGCCAUGCGAUGCGAUUUGCUUCUGCCGGAGGAAAGCAGGAAAAACUAGAUAAGACCUGUUGGCGAUGAUGAAUUACUCGAAGGCGCAAAUGUCAAGCUUAUCAGAGGAGGGAAGUUCGGCCGGCUGUCCUCAGUCCAGUCCUGCUGGUGUGAAGAAGCUGGAGGCGGUGAUGGAGCAGCUGCAGAGGCAGCAGGAAGCUAAAAUGGAGAUGAACCUUCAGCAGAAGCAUCUCCUUCAAGCUCAGCUCCUGUUCGCUCAACAGGCGGCGGCGGCGAGGGCCUCCGCCUCCAAGCUGGACUCGGCUCUGUUCGGGAAAGCGGACGCGCAGGCUUACCAGGCGGUCCAGCAAGCUCUGAGCAGCCACCUGAGCAGAAUGGAUCCAGAAGAGGAGGACGAAGACUCUGACGAGGAGGAGCGGGAGAUGUUGGAGAACAAUGGCGCGGAGGACGAGGAAGAUGAAGAGGAAGAGGAGGAGGAGGAGAUGAAUGGGUCUCAUCAUGAGACGAAAAAGCCUGGACUCCAGCAGGUUUCACACUUCCCCUUUCAGCCUUACCCCACGUCUCCAUCAGCUGCUGUGGAGCAAAUGUCUAAAUCUCCACCUACAGCAGUAAAACAAGAGCAUGAGGAGAAGAGCCUGAUGUCUCCUGUGGGUCAACACACCUUCACGUCGCCAAAUGGCUUCGCCGACUGGGGCUAUGAUGAAGCUUCAUUGAAACAGAGAGGAAGUGCCAUUUGGGUGGAGGACAACGAUGGAGGAAAAAUAAAAGGAGAGCCAUCAAGGGACUUCGCCAAGCUUUAUGAGCUGGACAACGACCCGCAGAGGAAGGAGUUUCUGGAUCAGCUCUUUGUCUUUAUGCAGAAACGAGGAACUCCUGUGAACCGAAUCCCCAUCAUGGCCAAACAGGUGCUGGACUUGUACAGGCUUUACAAGCUCGUGACGGAGAAGGGAGGCCUGGUGGAGGUUAUUAACAAGAAGAUCUGGAGGGAGAUCACCAAAGGCCUCAACCUGCCCACGUCCAUCACCAGUGCCGCCUUCACCCUCCGCACACAAUACAUGAAGUAUCUGUACCCGUUUGAGUGUGAGAAGAAAGGCCUGAGCUCUCCAGGCGAGCUGCAGGCCGCCAUCGACAGCAACCGCAGGGAGGGCCGACGUCCCAGCUACACCAGCAGCCUGUACCGCUACUCUCCCUCCCCGAGCUCGGCUCCGCACGCACUCGUGUCCUCGCCCACAAUGCAGAAUACGCCGGGCGCACACAACGGCCUGAAUUCAUCCGCUAGUCCAAACCUAAAGAGAAGCGCAGAUGAGAUUCCCACCCCUGUAAUUCCCAGGCUGCCCAUGGCCCUGACCCUGGGGCAGCAGCAGCAGCAGCACCAGCACCAGCAGCUGGCACAAGCUGCCACAUUAGAGCACCUUCGAGAGAGGCUGGAGCGAGGAGCGGGUGGAGCUGCGGCAGACGGCCCGGAGAAGAAAAUGAUGCGGCUGGCGGAGGAGCAGCAGCGCCUCAUGCAGCAGGCCCUCCAGCAAAACUUCCUGGCUAUGGCCUCUCAUUUUAACCCCAUGAACCUCAAACUCAACAAUGGGCACGAAAACAAACAGGAUUUGUCGCUGAGUGUCUCUACUAAUGGACCAGCCAGCAUCAGCGUAUCUGUGGAGGUCAAUGGCACCGUUUACUCCGGAACGCUGUUUGCCCAGAAGUCGGCUCCCCCCGUGUCUUCACAGACCGUAACCCAGGCAGGAACAAGCGCUUUCAGUGCCCUCUCCUCCUCACACAGUCCCUCCUCCUCGUCUUCCACCUCCUCAAAGGGACCAAAUUAGGUUGCACUGGCUUUCAAUCUGUUCCGAGCAAAACGAUGACACGACAUACCUCACAUACCUCUCUCUUCUCAGACGAGAACUGUGGUGAACUACUGGGAGGAGCAGGAGGCUAGCCACUUUCUUCCUGAGCAUUGUCUUUCUGUUACUUGGACAGCAUGAUGUUCUUGAAACUGUUGUUCACAUUUCACCUUGAAUCUUCCACACUGACUGUAGUGUAGUUUCAGAUCGGUUUACCUUAGUGCCUGUUAGAAGACUUUCUCUGACGUAGUCACAUUCUUGUCUGAAGGCCUUUUCCCAAGGCUCGUUUAAGUGUCUUUAGAGCAGAAUAUCGCGUGCGUGAGAAUCAGUGCUAUGCCAGUGUUGGUGUCGGCUACAUUUAUAUCUAAUUAUCAAACGGUUCAGUAACUGCCUUUUCACAUAGCCAUGAGUAGAACAAUGUGGUUCCCAAAGUGCAGUUAACGAAGACCAAAAAGCCUUAGCUCGGUGUGAUGGCUCCUGUCUGCAACCGUUUGCUGAAGUCAUUCUGCAUCCCUCUUGUUAAAUAUUUGGUUUAUACUUUUCAGUGGCAGCUUUCACAUCAUCUGAUUCCACAGAAACGCUGCAGGUUUUUUUUAAGAAUCCAAUUUAAACGACAAGAAACUGGAUACGGGUUGUAUGGAAUCUUUAAUAUUGGGCUUUAUUUUACUUCUAUAUUUAAUCUUAUGGCUUUGCCUUGAAACUACGCAUCUGUUUCAUGUCAGCUGUGAACCUCAAGGCAGAAUGUGAGAGACAACAUGUGCUAUAUUGUAUACAACUUUUACCUCAACCGACUUCCCGCGUUGGAAAGUUUCUUCUGACUAAUUUCUCAGGAAUGUCCCUCUGUUAUACUAUAUCUCAUAAUAUAUUGCUGUUAUAUUUGUAUAAAUGCAGAGAAUGUAUCGUUAGUGACCUCAAGCUUUGGACAAGUGAACACUGAAACAGUGCUACCUCACUCUUCUAGAUAAAUAUGCAAUAUUCGAAGCAGCAUGUGUUCCUUUAGCCACCUGCUGAAACAAACUGUAUGUGGACAAUCAAGUGGAAAUAUCAUUGAAAACAAAUACCACUGUGAACUAGACAACUGGAAAAAUAAGUUGACUUUCGAGUCUGUUCUGGUCUUUGGAUAACGUAUUCUUGGAUAUGUAGCCAUAAGGAAUAAAACAAUCUUGUGUGCUGUGGAAAAAGUGUUGUCUUCGUCUAUCCUAACUUUUACAUAUUAUAGCAUAAUCUUUUUAUAGUUGUGUUUAGGUUUGUACUUUGAACUUCUACUCCACUAUAUUACCUUUUCCUUUAUUGCAUUUUUACUCCGUUUUAGUUAUGAGCCAAGAUUAUACACAGAAAAUGACACACUGUGAUACACAAUAUAUACAAAGGUUUCAGUUGGCUCCAUCUUGACCAACUACAUACAACCAGGGCAUUGGUAAUAAUGAUCCAGUAAUAAAGUUAAGUGUAACACUG